UGUCGCCUAGGCAACUUGAACGUAUACAAAACGUCUCAUGUGGUAUUGCGUCUCAGAAACUCACGUUUAUAUCGCUCGAAAUGAACCAACGUGACUGCGUUACAGUAUACAAACAGAAACAAUUUUCUCGAGAAUUCACUGCAAUCCAUCGAUGUCAAAGGCGAUAAGGAAUAACUAUGUUGCUGAAAUAUUUGGGCAAUGUUACGCCACCGUAUGAGUACGAGAAUAGAGUGGUGGGUAUAAGUUGGUCACCAAACAGUCUAAAACUGGCUGUCGCUUCCUCUGAUCGUUCCAUAUACCUUUUUGACGAGAAUUGCGUGAAACGUGACAAAUUUUCCACGAAACCUGUCGAUUCGAAGUUUGGUAAAAAGAGUUACGUGGUCAAGGGUAUUGCCUUUUCUCCAGACUCGACAAAAAUAGCAGUGGGCCAGACUGACUGUAUAGUGUACGUUUACAAAAUUGGAGAACAAUGGGGAGAGAAGAAAGUGAUUUGCAACAAGUUUCGUCAAAGUUCUCCUGUCACUUGUCUAAUUUGGCUGACCGAGGGACCGAUUAUUGUUGGUUUGGUAGAUGGCAAAGUUCGCAUUGCAUUGGUGAAGACUCAGAAAGCUCAGACACUUUACACGGCUGAUUCGACCACGAUUGCGUUGGCUUCCAAUGUACGAGGAACCGGUUUCUUAUCAAGUCACGCUGAUGGUAGCAUAAUAAAGUAUCAUUUAACCGCCGAUGGAAAUCACGAGCCUUCUGGACGUAUCUGUACUCAUACAGUACCAGCAUACGCAUUAGCAUGGACACAAUCGCAUAUUCUGGCUGCAGGGUGCGACAGACGAGUGUCAUUUUACGAUUCGCGUGGAAAGUUAGUGAAAAAUUUCGACUACAGUCGCGAGAACGAAAAAGAAAUCGCUGUGGCCUGCUGUAGUCCCAGUGGACAGAGUGUUGCUAUCGGAUCUUGGGACAAAAUACGAAUUUUGGAUUGGAGUCCUCGACGUUCCAUUUGGGAAGAGGCAAAUACACGAUCUUUGCCUAAUUUCUAUACAGUCACUGCGAUAUCCUGGCGUCGUGAUGGUUCCAGGUUACUUGUAGGCAGCCUCUGCGGCGCAGUAGAGCAAUUCGAAACAGUCCUGAAGAGAACAGUAAUCAGAGGAAGUCACGAAGUGGCCUACGUUGGACCCAACCAAGUAGUGAUUCGUCCAUUACAAGAGGGCAAUCGGCCAGUAAUUAUUAGAUCCCAAACAGGCUACGAAAUAGAGGAUGUCAAAGUCCUAGGACGAGCUGACAAUAAUGUGAUAGCUCGCACAGCUAACACUCUACUUUUAGCUGACAUUGAACUAAAUCUUAUCAGUGAAAUUUCCUGGGAAGACAAAAGCAACAGUGAAAAAUUCUUUUUUGAAUAUCCAAGAGUGUGUCUAAUCUUCUGUUCAGGAGAGCUAACCAUAGUUGAGUAUGGGAACAAUGAGGCAUUAGGCUCAGUAAGAACAGAAGCAGUAAAUCCUCAUGUAGUUAGCGUGAGGAUCAAUGAGAGACAGGCUGCUGAAGCACCGGAUAAUAAAAGACUCGCUUAUUUGUUGGAUCCAAGAACUGUUCGCAUCAUGGACCUGGUAACUGGGCUUACUGUUACAAUGGUUUCUCAUGAUGUCCGUGUAGAUUGGCUGGAACUUAGCGAAACAGGCCACAGGUUACUAUCUAGAGACAAAAGAGCCAGACUAUGGCUAAGUGACGAGCUAGGUGGAAGAAUUUUAUUACUGACUGGAGUCAGUUUUGCUUCUUGGGUACUAGGCAGUGAUGUAGUAGUAGCUCAAACCGGACAAACCUUGGCAGUCUGGUACAACGUCGAUGAUCCCGAAGUGGCAACAUUAAUUCCAGUUCGUGGUGACGCCAUCGACAUUUCUAGAGAAGAUGGAAGAACUACUGUCACGGUGGAGGAGGCUGGAGGCAAGGUGGCCUAUCUGCUUGAUGAACCACUGAUAGAAUUUGGCACAGCGCUACAUGACAAUGAUUUUGGUAGAGCUUUAUUAUUCCUGGAGGAUUUGGCAGAUAGGCCUCAAGCGGAGGCCAUGUGGGAAAAUGUAGCCAGGAAUGCAAUGGCUGCUAGACAGUUAUUGAUAGCUGCCAGGUGCUACGCAGCUCUCGGGGAUGUAGCUUGUUCCAGAUUCUUAAAAAAUAUAAUAGAAAUCGGCGAAAAGUACCGUGCAGAGACUGGGCAUGAUCCACUUUCAAGCCCUGACUGUUGGGCAAAGUUAGCCAUUCUAAAUGGCGAAUUAAAAACUGCAGAAGCCAUUUAUUUGGAACAAAAUGAAUUAGGCCAGGCUCUGGAUAUGUACCAAAAAUAUUGGCACUGGGAAGAUGCGUUGAUUUUAGCACAAAACAGAGGCUGGUCAGGUCUCCAGGAGCUCAGAGAUAGACAUCUGACUUGGCUACUCGAAAGUGGCCAGACAGCUAGAGCUGCUGCCAUUUUGGAACCCACUAAUCCUCGACGUGCAAUCAAGCUAUACCUAGAUGCUCAUCGACCUGGUCGAGCAGCUAGACUUGUUCUGGCCAAUCCAGAUCUAUUAGAAGACAGGUCCAUUGUUAAUGAAAUCGUGAGAGUUUUGAAAGCGACGGACUUAAUGGAAUUAGCUGGAGAACUGUUGGAAAAGACAUCAGAGCCUCUGGAAGCUAUUAAAUGCUACUCUCAAGCUGGAGUAUUCGCAAGAGCAUUGGAAUUGGCUAGAAAGGUGGAUCCUACUUCGGUAGUUGACCUUGAACGAGAAUGGGGCAAGCACUUGGCCUCUGCUGGGCACUAUGAUGCAGCUAUUAAUCAUUUUAUAGAGGCAGGAGAAACUGCUCUGGCUCUGGAUGCUGCUAUCAAUGCACGACAGUGGAGAAAAGGGCUACAGAUCAUACAGGUGAUCGAGGAUGAUGAUCCCACAAUAAGGAAACAGUGCGAGAAACUGGCCGAAUAUUUCGCCUCCAUACACGAGAAGAACUUGGCAGAAAGGCUUUUCAUUCGAUCCGGAGAUGCCAGACGUGCAGUUGAUGUUCACGUACAAAAUGGCAACUGGAGUCGUGCUCAUGAAGUAGCUCAAGAGUAUAUGACUCCUGAUGAAGCGAACGAAGUCCUGUUAAAACAUGCUACAAUCCUCUGUGAAACAGGAGAUCUGAAACACGCAGAGGAAUUAUAUCUUGCCAUUGGCAAAUAUGAUUCGGCUAUAGCGAUGUACAGAAAGGCUAGUCGGCGUGCAGAUAUGAUUAGAUUAGUAGCAAAAUAUAGACCAGACCUUUUGGAGACCACUCACGCGCAUUUAGCCAGAGAAUUGAAUGAGUCUAGCAAGCCUCGUGAGGCUGAGGAUCAUUACCUUGCAGCUGGUGAUUGGAGAGGAGCGGUGACUGCUUAUAGGGCAGCCAACAUGUGGGAGGAUGCUCUUCGUGUAGCGAAACAGCAUGCUGGAGAUAACGCAGCCCAACAGGUAGCUUUAAUAUGGGCACGUACAUUGGCACCAGAAUUAGCAGCCAGGCUGCUUAUGCGGCUGAACUACUUAGAUGGCUGUCUGCAGCUAGCUUGUGAAGCUGACUUGUUCGAUUGGGCUUUGGAAAUUGUCAAAUAUGGGAGUACUGAUCAGAUGAAAGAAGUUCACUAUAGACACGCCAUGGCACUGGAAGAUGCAGGUCAUUUCUCUGAAGCAGAAAAAGAAUUUAUUAAAGCUGGAAGAACCAUGGAGGCUGUUCAGAUGUAUAUUCAUACUCGAGAUUGGGAGGCUGCUGAAGAUGUAGCUCAAUCAAUUAACCAAGAUGCAGUUGCUCAAGUCCUCAUUGCCAGGGCUAGUGAAGCAGUUGAAGGACAGGACUAUUCCUUGGCCGAGACUUUGCUAUUGAGAGCCCAUAAACCCGAAAUGAUUAUUGAACACUACAAGAAAGCAGGAAUGUGGUCUGAGGCGCUACGUGUUUGCAGAGAAUACCUACCGAGUCAACAAGCGAAUCUCAGGCGUGAACUUGGUCAAAUAAGCGCCUCUCUUGCUGGUGCAAACGCUUUUGAAGAAGCCAGAAAGUGGUUAGAAGUUGGUGAAGUGCGAGCUGCUCUCGAUAUCUUAAUUCUAGAUCCUCAAGCGCCCAGGUCGUCUCUUAUCAAGGCUGCUGACAUUCUACUUCAUCAAGCUGAUUCAGAAACUGUUGCUCAAAUCGGUGGAGAUCUUGGCUCGCGUUUGUUUGCUAUUGGAGAAUAUGCUGUUGCUGCUCAGGUAUUCUUACAGGCAGACAAAUUGAAAGAUGCUAUUGAUUCAUUGGCUUCAAUUGGAGAGUGGGAAAAAGCCAAGAGAAUUGUAAAUGAACUGGCACCAGAUAUAGAACCUUAUUUGGAAGAGAAGUAUAAGGAAGCAAUGCUGAGGGAUGGACAAAUAGAUAGACUUGUAGAAAUAGAUGCAGAUGCAGGACUUGAGAUACUAGCUAAUAAAGGUCAAUGGAACCAAGUAUUUGAGACUGCAAGCACUCAAGGAACUCAGGUUUUGCACAAAUAUGUGGCACAAAGAGCGGUUCAACUAUUGAAAGGGAAUGCUCCACUAGAUGCUUUGCAAUUGUAUGUUAAGUAUGGUACUCCUCCCAUCCAGCAAAAUUUUAAUCUCUACUUACAAUUGUCUGAAAGCAUUUUAAAUUCAGAGGCAUAUUAUGAAUACAGAUACUUAAGUCACUUGAGAACUGUACUCUUGGAUCUUUGGAAGAAUUUAAAAUCAUUAGAAUCAAGUCAAAAAUCGAAAUUUGAGAGAGUACUCAAAGCUACUCAUUAUUCAGCAGUGAAAUGUGGUUGUCGUGAUUAUCCUGUACUUUCUGGCCUGGUCUUAAAAGCCUCCAUUACUUUACUGAGGUACACUGACCUUCUUCUUGCUGAUAGAGCUUACUAUGAAGCAGGGAUAGAAGCACGUACAGCUGGGAAGAACAGUGAAGCCUUUGUUUUUUUAAACCAUUUCCUGGAUUUAGAGGAAUGCAUAGAAGAAGGUGAUAGUACCGUGUUGGAUGUUGAAGAUUUAGCUGUAACAGACUUCCCUGUGGAGGUUCCUCUGCCAGAGACAUUGAGUUUAACAGCAGAACAGAGAGAAGAAGUCCGUGAAUGGGUUCUUGCUGUAUCUAUGGAUCAAAAAGUGGAGCAGGUUCUCCCCACAGAUCAUAGAGGAGUCUAUGUAGGUUCAUUGACUGCUCAUUCUGUUGAUUCUGGAAGUCUUCAAGCUUGCAUCUUGACUGGGUAUCCCAUUCGAGGUUCAAUCAUUAAAUUUGCAGAGGUUCAGCAUGUGGCAGAUCGUGAUGACUGGACAAAGUUGAUUAAUACUGCACGCCAAGCUCCUCAGGACUCAAAUCUUAAUGAUAUUCUAGCUUUCAUUCAAGAAUGGUUCGGAGCAAUUCCCAACUAUUCUUUUUAAAGGCAUAUGGUGUUACUUAUUGUUACAGUUUCCAAAAUAGAAAAGUAUAAGUUUCUAUGUAAAUAUAAGUGUAUUAAUGUAAGUAUAAACAAGAUUAAAUUAUUAAUAAAAUGAAUAUAAAUGAAAUAUAUUUAAAAACUAGCAGUGACCUUCUAAUGACAAGGUAACGCAGAAAGAAAACGACCUCAUUUCUCUAGAAUUUAUUUAAAUAAGGCUGCAUUAUGUAAAUAAUUACUCUAACUUAAGCAUAAAUAGUUUCUAUGCAAUGUGAAUAUACAUGCAACGUGUGUCCACGGGAUUUCUCGUGUCUUAUCGUUAAAGUGACUCUAUGUAUAACGAUCGACCCUAACGAGUUAUCAAGAUAACUAUCACUCGUUGUCUGAAUACCUAUCCGCGAUGGAUGUUUAUAUUUUCCGACUACUCAGUGAUGACUAUGGGCGUAUUGCAUUUUUAUACAGAGAUAAUAUGUAUAUCUCGAAAAUAGUAGUACAAGCUA